CGGCGGUGGUCACCGGCGUCCUGCAGGCGUUGGGUAGUGUGCCAGGACUGCGGCCAGCUGAGGCCGGGGAGUUCACCAGGAGGGCAUUCGCCCAUGGAAAGCUGAGCCUCACUGAGGUGGAAGGACUGGCAGAUCUGAUCCACGCGGAAACUGAGGCCCAGCGUCGUCAGGCGCUGAGACAGCUGGACGGGGAGCUGGGCCAACUGUGCCGAGGCUGGGCGGAGACCCUCACCAAGGCUCUGGCUCAUGUAGAGGCCUAUAUUGACUUCGGAGAGGAUGACAAUUUGGAAGAGGGUGUGCUGGAACAGGUGGACAGAGACAUUCGAGCCCUGGAGGCUGCGCUGGAUUCCCACUUGCGAGAUGCCAGGCGUGGUCAGAGGCUCCGCUCAGGGGUACAUGUUGUGGUGACUGGACCCUCCAACGCGGGCAAGAGUACUCUGGUCAAUCUGCUCAGCCAGAAGCCUGUAUCCAUCGUGUCCCCAGAGCCAGGGACCACCCGUGACGUGCUGGAGACCCCCGUAGACCUGGCUGGGUUCCCUGUGUUGCUGAGUGACACCGCUGGGCUGAGGGAAGGCGUGGGCGCGGUUGAGCAAGAAGGUGUGCGCCGGGCUCGCCAAAGGCUGGAACAGGCUGACAUCAUCCUGGGGGUACUGGACGCCUCCGACCUGGCCUCCCCCUCCAGCCGCAGCUUCCUGGACACUGUGGUGGCCCCACUGGUAGCACAAAGCCCCGACAGUGUCGUACAGCGCCUCCUGCUGCUUCUCAACAAGUCAGACCUGCUUCCCGCUAGUGCCCUGGCUGGCGACACCACCCUAUUAGAGACACCCCACCUGCUGCUGUCCUGCCACACCGGAGCUGGGCUGGAGGGCCUCCUGCAGGCCCUGAGAACCCAACUGGCUGCUGUGUGUGGGGACCCGUCCACAGGCCCACCGCUCCUGACCCGAGCUAGGCACCAGCAUCACCUCCAGAGCUGCCUAGAUGCCCUGAGCCACUACCAGCCAGCCACAGACCUGGCCCUGGCAGCCGAAGCCCUGCGCCUGGCUCGCAGACACCUGAGCCACCUCACAGGUGGAGGAGGCACUGCAGAGGUCCUGGACCUCAUCUUCCAGGACUUCUGUGUGGGCAAGUGAGGGCCAGAGCCUGCCACUCAGGAUCUCAAAAUUCCCACUAGAUCUUGAUCUAAGAUGGCAGCAGUUUACAGGAGAGCCCUAGGGAUCCACAGCCCUCAGGCCUGUUCCCUCCACAGUGAACUGAGAGACAGGCGAGGUAUACCAAGGUGCCUACCCUCGGCUGCCGAGAUUAAGGCCUAAAUCACCGUGCCAAGUAAAUGUAGUGCUGGAGAUGAAACCCUUACAGGGUAGAUGCUGAGCCACGCCCCCAGCCCCUCACUGGGGGGAUUCUAGGCGGGGGGCUCCACCCUUGAGCCACACCUCUAGCUUCAUUUUUUUUUUUUUUUAAGUACCAAAGGAGUAUGAAGAGUUCAGGUGAUCCAGAAAUGUUUGUUCACAAGGACCAGUGAGCCUUACCUUCCAGAAGUUUGCCUAUGUGUUUUCUCUCUGUGGCAUCAUAUGUGAAUCAAAUAUAUUUAUUUAUUUAUUUUUACUUCUGUAGUAAUAUGUAUUAUCUGUAAUAAGUUUGCUGUGACAUUUU